CUGGCGGGCGCAUCUACACGCAAAUCUUUGUCCAUCACGUUGUUGUACCACCCGCCCGAGGCUAGCUCUAUGCGCGCAGCGUUGUUUGUUGACGACGGCACAACGACCAGGGAACGCGACUUCCCCGACCCAGCUCAGGCUCCUACCCUGCGCAAGACCCGCACAGCCGCUGCUGCUCCCCUUCCCUUUCACUUCCAUGACGCACAGCAGCAUUCGGGGCUCAGCAGCAGACAAUGACCCCAUGAACAGUCUGCCUGCGCUGCAACCGGCCGACAGCCCCGCGACAAGUGAGGUGGCAUCGACACCGCCCUGCCCUCCCGCGCCAGCGAACAGCACGGCAGCGACCGCUUCGUCACCGCCGCGCACCCAACUCAGGCGCACUGCCUCAAAUAGCAGCAGCAUCCUGGACAGCACCACCAAAGUCGCCCGCAACGUCUCGCCCGCGCUGCUGGCCCGCAUGAAGUUCCUCAACCAGGCCACCACCGACGCUGCCAGCAGGAACGCGCCUUCGGCGAACGCCAUUGGCCGCAUUGCUGAGGAGAAGAUCCGCCAGCUCGACGACUUCCACUCCACGAAGCGCACAUUCAGCAUCGAGCGCCGCGGCACCGCCUGGAGCACCGGCCCCGGCAGCCAGUUCGGCACGCCGCUGAUUCCCCAGCUGACGGGCGAGAGCGUCCCGGCGCUGGUCAUGGAGCGCGACCUGGAGAGCGACAUCAGCAGCGUCAUCAGCACCAGCGACCGCGUUCUACCCUCUGAGUCCGAGGCCGAGGUCGACGAUGUCCUCGAUAUGCAGAAGUACCGUCUGCCGGACAUUGCCAAAACAAAAAGCCUCGCUGCAACCGUCGCCGAGUCUGACACCACUCCCGUCGCGGAUGUAGAACGCCCGCCCACACCACCGCCCAAGGACACCCCUCCCCAGGAACAAGUUUCAGUACUCGACAGCAACCAUGACAUGAACGUGGCGUCCUACUUUGCCCGUCGCCAUCACCUCCACCGCACCAACUCCAUCUACACCUUGUCCAAGGCGAGCUUCACCAACCAGAUCCAACAGUUGACGUCGAUGAAGCUUCCACCCACCACGAUUGCGUCCGAGAUCACCGCGCUCCCUUCCUCCAUACUUGCCGGCAAAGCACUACACAGCUCAGCGAACGAUAUCCGGCUAUGGAUGGCCAAGGCUACAGAAGUGCUCGGCGGGCUCGAUGCCGACGACGAUGUCGAGUGGGCUGCAGCCGCUGGUAGAGAGGGUCUUUCCGAUGUCGAUACCGCCAUGAGCAAGUUCGAGCGUCUUGUCAACGUCUACAUCACAGCCAUUGAAGAUCUGCAGUCGCGACCUGACAUCGCCGCCCUGCCCCAGAGAGAUCAGAUCACCCUGGUCACUCAGAUGGAGGAGAUCAUAGGCACUUGGGAUGGCAUCAAGAUGACCCUCAAGAGCGUCAAGAACCAGGUCGAGAUCGCCAUGGAGUGGGAAGAGCUUUGGAAUACAGUGCUUGGCGAGAUCGGUGCUGAAGUGGAAACGCUCAGCCGUCUAGUGUUCGAGAUGGAGGAGCGCAGACAUCGUGUCAUAUCCGACUCCGUCGCCGAAUCUGCUGAGAACUACAACAUUGCCGACCUCGAGACCAUCGUGGAAGAGACCCCACGCCAGAACACGACGCUCAACAACCGGCUUAGUAUGCCGCCAACGCUCACCGUGUUGUCACCCAGGUCUCCGAUUCCCCAGAUUGAACAAGAGAAUUCCCGUCUCCUAGAGAUAUUCGCCAAGCUGCAGCCGUUGCGUGCAUCGCUCGACUUCCUCCCCAUGCGACUAGCUUCGUUCGAGAUGAGAGCAAGCACCAUGUUUCCAUCUGCAUGCGACGAGCUGAUGCGCAGAAAGGACCAGCUUGAGAAACAGGAGAAGAACCUCGAGGCUGAAGCAGAUGCCUUGAGAGAGGAGCUCGGUGAAGACAAAUGGGUGCACAGCUUCAGGCAGGCAGGUAGCAAAGCCGUUGCGAUGUACGACUCGACGAUCAAGAGCAUCGAGAGGCUGCAGCAGGCUAUUGACGAUGCUGAUGACGAAAAGCUUGGCCCACGCAUCGCCAAGUACAAAGACAAGAGGGACCAUUACCCGCCAUCGAUCAAGAGGGUUGUUGAGUUGAUUGACAUCGGCAUGAAGAACAGGUCGACAGCCAACGGUGAAAUUUUGCGUAUCCAGCAAGACGUACGGCAAAAGAUGGCCGACCUGGAGCAGGACAUUCAGGGCAUGGAUGCCAUCUUAGACGAAGUUUCCGCUUCCCGCAAGUUACGAGACUCUGUCUCUACUAUCCUCUCGAUACGCACUGAAGGAUCUUCAGCGUUCGACACACCUGGCAGCUCGCCUGCAUCCAGUGUUGUCAUGAGCCGUAAAGGUAGCGAUCAUGGUACGACUCCUGCAGGCCGUAAGUCGCGUCAGUCCAGCACCUCCAUGACGAAAACGUCCGUUCCUCCAAAUCGCCGGUAUUCAAGCCUGCCCGUCAUACCGGGAAGCAUCACGACGCGAAAAUCGUUGCCCUCAACCUACCUUGAGCCAACUAUCGCGCGCACCAUGGCCAAUACGCCCACAAGGACAACCCGCUCAUCGACCCCAACUGAACGACCUGUACACAAGCCGCGAUGGAACGCUAGCACCAACAUGCGCGAUACGAUUGUUGGGCACUAUCACAAGCCAGCUUCUACGCCGCUCAGAAGCGUGUCUGGUCAAUCGUCAAUUCCUGUUCGGAGCCCUCUGGGUCGAUCUUCUGUGUUGUCGCCCCCUCCAUCUGCUCACUCGGUAGCCGCAACUCCCGCUAAAUCGUCUAUGAGACGCCCUGUCGCAAGCACGAUACAAGCACCUUCUACACCUCUCAAAAGCCCCACCUUCAUGCAUUCAUCACCCUCCACGUCGACUCCAGUGUCCGCUCGCCGUGUGACGAUCGCAGACGACGACAGUAACGGUGUUGGGGAAGAGAGCCCUAUCGCUCGUCGCACUGCACGCCCAGCCAGUGCCAUGAACAGCCGGCGCACCAGUCUUUUGCCUACACCCAAAUCACGUACUUCGUCAGCGAACCACCUGUCUACUCCCGCCACGACACCUGCUCGCACCACCAGCAGACUCGCCAAUGCAGAGGAGGGCAGGAAGAGCAGGGCUGGCGAUGGCCGUGUCAGUGGUCGACAGUCCAGCCUUGGAGUCAGCGGACGGCAGUCGAGCGCUGGGGAUAGGCGAGCUUGGAGAUAGGUUACUUCAAAGCGAUCAUAUCUCUUCGAUGACUGAUGCAGCUAUCUUCAACCUCUUGGAACCCUGGCUGGUUCAUUUUAGCACUCGUCACUACACCUGCGACGGCUUUAACAAUUAGCAUUCUACAGAGCAAGAGGCGUUUUCCACAUGGCGCAUGGAUUCAUGCGCCGGCGUUUAUAACGCGUAGAGAGAAACCAUCCUAUACCCCGGAGUUUGAUUGUUUGAUUUUGUGGGGUUUAUUUUCGGAUACAGCACGCUUUUCUAUACCACCAACGGACGGAACAACGUCACAACACGUACACCUCUGUACAACCACAACGUUGAACUUGCAGGACAGUGCGCUGCGAGGAGGGAGGACACUAAUGGUAUAUUUCACUUUCAGACACUGCGUUGUAGAGAUAGAGAUACCAAAGUGAAUCGAUGCGUCA